GACCGUUCAGUGAUGGCUGGCACUCAGUUUUGGGUGAGCGUCUGUCCACUGAGUUGAUGGUCCUACAAUGCUUUCUCUCUGGAUCUUGGCUUUCUGGGUCGCAGCUGUUUAUGGCCCUGCAGUGUGUGCGAGGGCGGUAGGUGAACCAGGCCAGGGCUACCAAACUCUGCCAUGCCACUGGGUUGAAGAACAGGGUCGCGAAUGGCUGGACAAAGGUGUUAUUGGCGGCCAUGAGAAUGGUCGAGCCAUGUACGUCGGAAGAAUUAGCUAUCAAGGCGGCGUCAUUCCAGGCAAGAUUAUUCCUUGGGACGUCGUCAUGCUUAUAGGGUCUGAUGGAAAAGAGGCUCAUUUCUAUAAAUAUCAGGCUCUGGAGUGUACAAGCGGCACUCAGCUCACUUGGAUUAAAGCAGCCGACGGGAAGUUACCCACUGGUGCCCUUCAGGGUGGAAACACGUCAACGGGCGAGCUUCUCUACAUUGGUCGCGUACAUCACAAUGGCACCCUCACUGUGGGCAAAUUGCAGACCUCUCUGGGAUGUGUCUCCAUCGGGUACUUUGGGAAAGAAUACUGUCACAGCGAGUACGAGGUGCUGGUGUGGCCUAUUGUCCAGCUUGUGAAGUAAACCUUAUGACGGUGCGAUAAGAAGCCACAACGCUCAUGGCGCAGAGAAACUCCAUCGAACCAAUAUGAACAUCCCCUGAUCACUGAUGUUAUCCACAAUGAGAACCCAUCGGUGUUGCUCAUAAUAAUGAAUAUUGCUCGGCAAAGUAACCCCUCAGCUGUGUCUCUGCUGCUCAAACUGAAUGUAAAUGAAAAGCACAAUGCAGCCUGGUUUAUUAAUAAAUGAGUCGAUUUUCAAAUAAAUAGCCAUAUGUGAACUACAA